AUGACAGAGGAAGCUAUCAAAGUGGAACCACCCACAGCAACAACAACAACAACAACAACAACAACAGCGGUGGAUCUUGCCGCCAAUCUUUUACCGGUAGAUCUUGCAUCGAUUCCUUUACCGGAGGAAGACCCACAACGUUAUGUGUCAUUACAGACGCAUGAUAUUAUCAUUCCUUCGUACGCUGCAUGGUUUGAUAUCACGACGGUGAAUCGUAUUGAGUCAAAAGCGUUACCCGAGUUCUUUAAUGAUCGCAAUAAAUCCAAGACACCUACAGUGUACAAGGAAUACCGUGAUUUCAUGAUCAAUACCUAUCGUAUGAACCCUAUUGAGUAUCUCACCAUUACAGCUUGUAGACGCAAUUUAACGGGUGAUGUGUGUGCUAUUCUUCGCGUGCAUUCGUUUUUGGAACAGUGGGGAUUGAUUAACUAUCAGGUUGAUCCAGAGGCAAAAUUGUCAUCGCUAAGCCCACCUUUUGAUAGUCAAUAUAAAGUGGUGAUUGAUCAACCUUCAGAGGAAGCCGAGUACAAACAAAAGGAAGAGGAGGAGGAAGAAGAGAAGGAGACGCGAGUCAAAGUGGAUGAUGUAUGGGAAGAGGAAGAGGAGUCAUUGUUGAAGGAAGGAUUGGGUCUAUUUGGUGAUGAUUGGGAAAAGGUGUCAAAUCAUGUAGGAACGCGUACACAUGAUGAAUGUAUCCUGCAUUACCUUCAACUGCCGAUGAACGAUCCAUUUCAUGAUGUGGAGGUAGAGAAAUUGGGUUUGCUUCAGUAUGAUGCACAGCCGCAUCGUGAGAAUCCGAUUAUGGCAGCGGUGGCAUUUUUGGCAUCCUCGGUGGAGCCACAAGUGGCAGCAGCGGCUGGAGAUAUCCAGACAUUCCAAAUUGUGCCUGCUUCAAAGGAAGAGAUGGAGAUGAUGAAAUCUGUAAAGAGUGAAACAGAAGAAUCAGAUUUAUGUGAAUUGACCAAUACAUUGAUCCGACAUAAACUGACUCAAUAUCAACAACAAGCGAGUCAUUAUGGGGGUUUAGAAAGUAUGGUGGAGGAACAAAAGAUUCAGUUGGAAAAAGAAAAACGUCAAUUGGAACAAGAUCAGGGAGCUUUCAAGAGAAAAGUAUUAUUCAUUCGACAAGAGAUGGCGAAACGUAUCAGUAAAGCAAAUGCAAUUGCUAGUAUUAUUACACCAGCUCAACUUCAACAGCAGUUGGCAGGUGGGGGUCAUCCUGCCAUGUUUUUAAACGGCAAUCAACGUCAUCAGCAUCCACAACAACAUCAGCAUCAACAACUACAACAACAACAAAUGCAACAGCAACAUCAAUCACCUCAAGCAUUACAGCAAUUACAAUUACAACAACAACAAUAUCAAUUGCAAAUGCAAAUGCAAAUGCAGCAACAAGCGCGUCCAAAUGGUCCUAACUACAAUAACAUGAUGUCUUUAUAA